CCACCAAUCAGAUCCAGGCAGGGACCUUAACAGGACAGUGGCAGCAGUGAGUGUGACUAGUUGUAAGAAAGUUAGUGGACUACUUAGUAUCUCAGCCUGGCUCUCUCCCCCUGAUACCCCCUGGUUGCCCCUGGUAAGCAGAUCACUUUGCCCCAGGAUGAGUGUGGCUUUUGCAAGUCUGCAGUCAGUGGAAGACAAGCAGCUGCCCAUAGUCUCAGUAAGUAUCAUUUUAACUUCUAAAAGUGCUCAAAAGUCCUUUUUAAUGCAGAUUUUUAAUUUAUUUUUAAGGGUUUUGGUGGUUGUUUUUUGUCUGUAAAUUUUUCUAUUUAUUUUUAAAAGAAAUUUAAACAAAUAAUUCUAACAAUUCGGACUUUGAUUUUUCUUUAGAUUCAUUUUUUAAGUUUAUUUAAAGUGUAAAAAUGUGACUUUAAUAUUAUUUUAUAAUUGUCAUAGUGUAUAUUUUUCUUGCAUUUCGUUAGAUUUUAGUCCUUCACAGAUUUAUUAUAAUUUUUUUUUUUUUAAAUAAUAAAAGUAAAGUUCUGACAGUAGGAAGAUGUGUCUGUAUGAAAGAAAUAGCCUUUCUUACUAGAGCACAUGAAUUGGUAGAUUUAAAGGAACAUUAAACACUGGUUCCACUGGCUGAUUUUGUGAGUAGAAUCCAGGGAAGUAACAUACAAUGUCUGCUGAGUGGAUCUGGAGCUGUUUGUUUGCUAUAUGUUCUAUGAACUUCUCUGAAUGUGAAGCUUAUAACUUGUUUGACUGGUUUCCUUAUGAUGCAUAGGCUCUUGGUGAGCUAAUGUUUGAUUACAAUUAGACAGCAUUAGAAGGGAUAGCUUGUUCCCAUUGACUCAGACUUGUUUGUCAUAGCUGUGAGUACUCUGGGUCCCUUUUUAAAUCUGUAUUUUCUGGUUUCUCUCCAUAGGAAAUGGCUCUGGAGGAUCUAAGACCACUUAGUGACUUGGGUUACACCAUGAUUGAGACUUCUUGCAUCAAGAAAGAAGAAGAUGACCUGGGUAGAUUUGUGGACUUAGACUUUAUCUUGGCUCAUACAACUAGUUCUCAGAAUGGGGGGACUCCAACCCAAGGCUCCACUUACCCCUUGCCUGAGACUCCCGAGAGCUGCAGCACCACUUAUGACAGUGAUGGGUCCUACACUAACCAUAAAUAUGGAGGGGGGACCUUUGCCAGCAGCCCCCACCACAGCUAUGUGGCUGAGCUGAUGACUCCUGAUGUGCCCUGUAUGGAUUUGCCACCUGAAUAUGGACUUAAAACUGCCCUGCACAACAGGAAAUACACAGAACUGAGGGUAACUAACAUGGAUGCCCAUGUGCACCUCUCUCCAGAACAGCUCCAACAUUUGGGGCACAAAAUUAAAAAGGAGCGCCCUGAGCAAUCUUGUAUGAUGAGCUCCCCUUCCCCUACCUCUCCCAGCUGCAUGGGACCCAUGAUGGACCAAAAGACUGGCAUCAUGCAUGUUCAGAUGCAAGGUCAGAGUUUUGCCCAGCACAGAGUGAGCCCCCCUCUGGUGCCCACCGAGGAGAUGAACCUUAGUGACUGCCACAUGAUGACCGACCUGCACUGUCUGUCUAUCAUGCCCAUGAACCAGCACUACCAGAUCACAGCCCAGUACCAACCUCACUUUGCCAACCAGUCCCCCGCCCAGUUCCAUGGACAGUUUGGGGUGUACAGGGACCCCAUGAAAGUGCACCCAGCCAUGCAUGGCAUGAUAGUCACCCCCCCAUCCUCGCCCCUGAUAGAGUUCUACCCAACCAUGAACCCCCCCGAUGACUGCAAACCAAAGAGGGGUCGUAGGUCCUGGGCAAGGAAGAGGACUGCCACCCACAACUGCGAGUACCCUGGAUGUGGCAAAACCUACACCAAGAGCUCCCACCUCAAGGCGCACAUGAGAACCCACACAGGUAGGAAUCAGUCUGUUGAAAUUGGUGGGGUAUGAGGGUUGUGGGCACUGGGGGUAUUCAUUUUUGGUUGGGUAUAGGAACGGGGGGGCUAUGAAGUUUUGGGGGUAUAUGUACUGGGGUGCUGCUGUAAACCACGUAACAAUGAACUUUGAUUCUAGUUAUGUAACUUCCCUCUAAGUGCAUGCGGGUUAUCACUAUUUGAGUCUUAAGCUGCUGAGUCCCAAAUAGUUAGUCGAGCUUUGGCUGACUCCUCUAUGGUAUUUAUAUGGUUAACCCACUGACUGUCACAUUAAAUGAUCUGUUACUGCAGUAAAUGAAACAUAAAUGUUGCAUGUCAGAGCUAAACUUAGGCGUGCCAGAGGCUUGAGUCACUUGUUGCUCAUCCCUCUGGACCUGAGAGGGUUAAAACGGAUGUCUUAUAUAUCUUCACUUUAUUUUAUGGGGGGGAGGGCAGAGCUAGUGCUGUGUAGAAAGGGGGUCUUAAACCUUUCAUCUUUAUAAUUAAAAACUUGCAAAUGUUAAACAGCACAGUGACAGAAUGUAGUGGAAAAAGUGUGUAAAUACAAAGAACUAUGUGUAAUGACAAGAGAUUAUCCCGUGUUUGUUUAACCCACAAAUAUAAGGCCUCCAAGCAAAACCAGGGGGAUUUUCAGUAUUUGCAAAACAACUGUAUGAGGCAUUGGGUAGAAGGGGUUAGACACGUUUUGCAUGUGAGGAGAGGACAGGUGCUUCCAUUAAUUCUGGACUGUAGAGAGAUCUGAGUUUUCAUGCUGACAAUGCAGUGCAGUUUAUUUAUUUUGUUUACAUUUAUAGAUCUUUUGUGUCUAAAUACUGAAAUGUAUCUGUUUAACAUGCAUAGCAUUUAAUAGAAAUCUUUGUUUUAUUCCUUGUAGGUGAGAAGCCUUAUCAUUGUAACUGGGAAGGAUGUGGGUGGAAAUUUGCCAGAUCUGAUGAACUUACUCGCCAUUUUCGCAAACACACUGGCCACAGGCCUUUCCAGUGCCACCUGUGUGAGAGGGCGUUUUCCAGGUCCGACCACCUGGCCCUACACAUGAAGAGACACAUGUAGACACGAAGCCAGUGCCGGAGAGCUAUGAAGGAGAUUUGUACAUACACACAGUAAUAUAUAUAUAUAUAAAAGACUAUUUAUAGAAAUGGAAUAUUUUUCUUACAGGGAUCUCUGUACAUAGCAUUGGGUCUGUAAAUUUGCUAUUUAAAGAAAAGUCAAAACCUAAAAGAAACAAACAAACAAAAAAAACAACAAACAAAAUAUAAUAUUUAAAAAGCAGCAUUAUAAUAUGUUCAGGGAUAUUUGAUUUCUCUGUAUUUGUACAGUAUUUGUAAAAAGAGGUUUUGUUUUUGUAUGCCUGUUGCGUUUUUGUAAGGUGCAUUUUAAUGUGCUGGCUAGUCUGGUAGGUUACAGCUGUUUUUAUAAAUUUACAAGUGCAAUUUACUAAGCCAUGCGAUGAUUGUCAUAUUGCUCAGGUAUACAGCUGGCUGAGAAAUGGCGACACCUAGUGGAUUUUUUUGUGCGCUGCGACUGUAUAUAUAUUUUCAAGGAACUCGUUUUGCAAAGUGCACUGUUUUUACCAUUUUACAAAACUUUGUAAUUUUCUGUUUAUAUGAAUUAUCUGACCAGAUUUUUCUUUUCCCUUUGAAAGGGAUAUAAUAGGUACUGUUGCAAAUGCUUUGUUUAAAAAACAUUGUAAAAACCUGUAUAAUAAAGUUAUUUGUGAAAAUUUA